GCAAACUUUUCCACUCGUGGGACCUGCCGAUGGUGCUGGAGUUUCUGCUGAUGUUUCACGCCGCCAAACCUGGGGAUUGGUUACUGGACAAUUUGUUGAGUACCAUGAUGUGUGGGAAGGAUACCAAACAUGACAAAAACUUCGGGGUCAAGGUCAACAAACAGGUGCCGACCCACCAGAACCCGGCGGCCUCCGGGCUGAGCACCACCAUGACCAUCUACCGCGGCUACGCGCUCACGCCCGCCUACAACGGGACUUCCUUUUUCUGGGCGACCACGCCCAAAGUGGGGGACACCAUCGAUAUCGUCUACAGUCCCCCGAUAUCCAUAUCCAGGUUCCGUCUGGUGUCCGGCUCCCACGACCACCCCAGCGACAUCUUCCCCGCGUCCACGGUGGUGGAGGUCCUCACAGAGCAGGCAGCCUUCUCGACAAUACAGUCCACCAACUCCACGUUUGCUCACGUGACCAAAUUCAACCCAGUGGGCGUGGCGGAAGCCAACUCCACUUCCGCUCUGGGCAAGAUCCACACUUUCCGGAUACGCGUCACGGAGGUCAUACAAACGUGGGUCAUUCUCAAACAAAUCGAACUGUAUUCAUGACCCAGGCAGGUGAGAUAGUGGAGCGGCAUUGAGUUCAAAGACGGUGCCUCUGUGGCCAACGACGACAGCAAAAGCAACAACAACUACAACUACAACAACAGUUACUACAACAACUACAGCAACUGUGGCCAACGACACCCACUACAACAAUUGUGACUACUACAACAAUUGUGACAA